CACACAAUACAAUGUGUGACAGUCACUGCCAUGCACAGGACAGGAAUGAGAGAGGAAGCAUCAUUUACCAUCUAAAAUGCUCAUGGAAUCAGUGAUCAGCACUUCUUUAAUUGGAGAUAUGUACGUGUGAUAAGGCUGGACCUCUGGAGCCAAAGAAGAACAAAACCUUGGACUUUGUAAGAUGGAUUUUCAGUUGGAUGACUGAUUAUUUUACUUUUUUGGAAGAAAAAUAAAUAAUAAAGUGGGGCUUCCUCUGGUUUGAGCCUGUAUAAACAUACAUGGCAUUUCAACAGGAGUGUCAAGUCAGACACUUGGUUAAUCUGUUUGGUUUGAACUGAACAAACCACACAAACACAGAGUGGAUCAUGGGAUAUCCACAUAUGAAGACAUCUGACAUACAAAUGGAGGAAGUUGUGAAUGAAUAAUGGCCGACAAGACCGGUCCCAUGAUAGUCUCUGUGCCAAAUCACUCAGUGACAAAUCUCACCACUGCACUAUACCAGCCCGAUCCUACGGUUCCUGCCAAUGUGGGCGUCGUCACAAGCUCCCAGUCACAGAUCAAAGACCUGUUUGGGUUGUUCUGCAUGGUGACCCUUAACCUCAUUGCUUUAUUGGCCAACACUGGUGUGAUGGUGGCCAUUGCUCGUGCUCCUCACCUGAAGAGGUUCGCUUUUGUGUGUCACCUUUGUGCAGUGGACCUGCUGUGUGCCAUCCUCCUCAUGCCUUUGGGUAUCAUUUCCAGCUCACCCUUCUUUGGCACCGUGGUGUUUACUGUUCUGGAGUGUCAGGUUUACAUCUUUCUCAAUGUUUUCCUCAUCUGUCUGUCCAUUCUCACCAUCACAGCCAUCAGUGUGGAGCGUUACUUUUAUAUCGUACACCCCAUGCGUUAUGAAGUCAAGAUGACCAUCAACCUCGCUAUUGGCGUCAUGCUCCUAAUCUGGGUUAAGUCAGUCAUUUUAGCUUCGGUCACGCUCUUUGGAUGGCCAGCUUACGGACAUCAGAGCUCCAUUGCUGCAGCUCACUGCUCUCUCCAUGCGAGUCACAGUCGUCUCAGAAGCGUGUUUGCUGUGCUCUUCAGUGUGGUCUGUUUCCUAGUUCCUGCAGUGAUUAUCUUUGCUGUUUACUGUGCCGUGUACAAGGUAGCUCGUUCUGCAGCCCUGCAGCAAGUCCCUGCUGUGCCAACGUGGGCAAAUGCGAGCCCUGCUAAGAAUCGCUCGGACUCCAUCAACAGCCAGACCACCAUGAUCACCACUACCCGCACUCUGCCUCAAAGACUAUCUCCAGAGAGGGCCUUCAGUGGCGGCAAGGCUGCCAUCACCUUGGUAUUCAUUGUGGGCCAGUUCUUGGUUUGUUGGUUGCCCUACUUCAUCUUCCACCUGCAAAUGUCUCUGACUGGCUCCAUGCAGAGCCCCGGGGACUUAGAGGAAACAGUCACCUGGCUGGCCUACUCCUCCUUUGCAGUUAACCCAUUCUUCUAUGGCCUAUUGAACAGGCAGAUCAGAGAAGAGCUGGUAAAGUUUCGACGCUGCUGCUUCACGCAGCCGGCGGAGUUUGGGGCAUCCAGCCACGAGGGCUCCCUUCAGGAGAACUUUCUCCAGUUCAUCCAGAGAACCAGCAGUACAGCUGAAACCCUGUCCAACUCCUGUCCCAAAAACACUACAGACCAGGGGAUAAAGAUCCCUGGGCAAAUACCCGAGGAGCAUGCUUAGGCACUGACCAGCAUGAGUUAAGGACUACAGUGUUAACACCGAGGCCAAGUUUUUUAUAUUUAGCGGAUAUUUCUUUCUUAACGGAUAAGUUCACACUGGAAGUCUAUCUUAAAACAAGGCUACUGACAUGCCCAUAUGUACACUGGAUGGAUUAUUGUUUUCUGUAAUUCUUCCAUUCUGGUCACAAAGAGACCAAUUCUUAAAGCAAUUUUAAUGUAAGCGUUGGGGGACAGACUUGAAAAAAUGUGAACCUAUCCUUUAAAUACACCCGAAAUGCCCAGUGCCUUUUAUUGUCUAAUUCAGGUAGGCUUUCUCAUUUUAGGUCAAGGUGCUAUGGCUGUACUGUAACAUGAACUAUUGAAAUUGUAAUAACUGUUCCCCUGUGCAUAUUUUCCAUUCAUAUUACAAUUGGUUUCAGUGAUGUUUGUAGAAAUGUUUUAUAUGUUUAUAAAUGUGAAAAUCUGGAGUGUAACUACAAUAACAAGGUCAUGAUUGGAUGGAUAUUUUUCUUGUGUUUAAUUAGGAACAAUUUGUAUUAAAUAUGAAUAUGAGUUGGUUCCACAUGUAUUAUUAGUGUCAGUAACAAUAUGUAUAUUCAAAUGGUGACCGACUCUGUUGAACUUUGUAAAGUUUUGGAUGUAACUGUUGUGGUCCUUUACAGCAUAUCUAAGAAACAACUUGAUAAACAGCA